UCUCCCUGUGUCUCUCUCUCUCUCUCUCGCUGUCAUUUUCCAGUUUUUCUCUGGGGUUUUAGUGCGCGCUGUGGUCUCAGCAAAGACACUGACAGACAAACAAGAGACACAGAGUGAAGGAGAGAGAAAGAGAGAGAGCGAGAGAGAGAGCGAGAGAGAGAGAGAGAGAGGAGGGGAGGGCUGUGUGUCCCAGCCACACCGCACUUUCCAAACACCACCGCCGUCUCGCCACGUUCAUUUCAAUGAAGAUCUAACGAGCAGAGCAGCACAGACAGACUCGCAGCAGAGAAUCUAUUAUACGCGCUCUCCACGUGCGUGUUUUUCCCCCUCCUAUCUGCCCCGAAGAUCGUUAACGCGCUGGCGGAGGACAACUCACGGAAAGACACGAAACAAAGGAGAAAAGGAGGAGAAGAAGAGAGAGAGAGAGGGGGGGGAAAGAGGCAGAAGAACCAGAGGACGGAUUUCUAUCCCCCACGUUGUUUUAUUCCCGACACCCUGGACUCCACUGUCAUUUCUGGAUGUAAAGAAAAGAACUAAAACAAAACUCUCCACUUAUCGACAAAACAGAUUAAAAAAAAGAGAGAGAGAGAGACGCUCAGUUUCAAACUGACCGCAAAAUGGUGAUAAGGCUGUGAAUACCCUGCAUCUGAGAAAUCAGACCAGACUGACUCACAGGGCUCUGUGAGCCAGUGCCACUGAGGUUGCCAAAGCAUGCUGGUGCCAAGCUGUCCCACCAUGCACAGGGCCAGGCCCACGCUGCUGCUGCCACUGCUGCUCGUCCUGGGUCUGCUCCUCCACCUCGCUGACUCUGAAACACCACCAAAGUUUUUAAGAACCCCCAAUGACCAAACAGGCGUGCAAGGAGGCGUGGCAUCCUUCAUCUGCCAAGCUACAGGAGAUCCACGGCCAAAGAUUGUGUGGAACAAGAAGGGGAAGAAAGUCAGCAACCAGAGAUUUGAGGUGAUCGAGUUUGAUGACGGCUCUGGUUCAGUGCUAAGAAUUCAGCCAUUGCGCACGCCCCGAGACGAAGCCAUAUAUGAAUGCGUCGCCUCCAACAGUGUUGGAGAGACGAGCGCUACCACCAAACUCACUGUUUUACGUGAGGACCAGCUGCCCCCUGGUUUCCCCACCAUAGACAUGGGUCCACAGUUGAAAGUGGUGGAGCGCACACGCACUGCCACCAUGCUCUGUGCUGCCAGUGGCAACCCUGAUCCAGACAUCUCCUGGUUCAAAGACUUCCUCCCUGUCAACACCACCAACAACAACGGGCGCAUUAAACAGCUCAGAUCAGAAUCCUUUGGUGGUACUCCAAUAAGAGGAGCCCUCCAGAUAGAGCAGAGCGAAGAGUCUGACCAGGGAAAGUAUGAGUGUGUGGCGACCAACAACGGUGGAACACGUUACUCUGCCCCAGCAAAUCUAUAUGUCAGAGAGCUGCGAGAAGUGCGCCGAGUGCCACCGCGAUUCUCCAUUCCACCUACAGACAAUGAGAUCAUGCCCGGCGGCAGCGUUAAUAUCACGUGUGUGGCAGUGGGCUCUCCUAUGCCAUACGUCAAGUGGAUGCUGGGUGCCGAGGACCUCACACCAGAGGACGACAUGCCGAUUGGACGAAAUGUUCUCGAGCUUACAGACGUGCGGCAGUCAGCCAACUACACAUGUGUGGCAAUGUCAACCCUGGGGGUGAUAGAGGAUGUGGCACAGAUAACAGUCAAAGCAUUGCCCAAGGCUCCUGGCAUUCCUGUGGUGACAGAGCGUACAGCUACCAGCAUAACGCUGACCUGGGACUCUGGCAAUCCUGAGCCGGUCUCCUACUACAUCAUCCAACACAAGUCCAAGUUCUCGGAGGACUCGUACAAGGAGAUCGAUGGUGUGGCCACCACUCGGUACAGCGUGGGGGGCCUCAGCCCAUACUCGGACUACGAGUUUCGGGUUGUGGCUGUGAACAACAUCGGGCGGGGGCCACCCAGCGAGAGCAUCGAGGCCAAAACAGCUGAACAGGCACCCAGCACGGCGCCAAGGCAGGUCAGAGGUCAUAUGCUGAGUACCACCACAGCUGUUAUUCACUGGGAUGAACCGGAGGAGCCUAAUGGACAGAUCAUGGGCUAUAGAGUCUACUACACUAUGGAUUCUACCCAGCAUGUCAACCUCUGGGAAAAACAGAUCGUUCGGGGUUCGAACUUUGUCACCAUCCAAGGACUCAUCCCCAAUAAGACCUAUUACAUCAAGGUCCUGGCCUACACCUCAGUUGGUGAUGGUCCCCUUUCUACAGACCUUCAAAUCAUUGCAAAGACCGGAGUUCCCUCUCAACCAACUGACUUUAAGGGAGAAGCCAAAUCAGAAACAAGCAUCUUACUCUCAUGGAUUGCCCCCGCACAGACUGGACAAGAAAAUCAAAUCACAGGAUAUGAACUUAUGUAUAGGAAGAGGGACGACAAAGAGGAGAAACGAAUCAGUUUUGAGCCGACAACAACGUACUUACUGAAGGACUUGAAGCCUUUCACUACUUAUACUUUCCGGCUGGCUGCUCGUAGUAAACAUGGAGUUGGAGCUUAUACCAAUGAGAUCUCUGCAGAGACUCCACAGACACAACCCUCAGGCCCACCUCAGGAAGUCAAGUGCCAUAGCCCCAGCUCCACCAGUAUUCUGGUAAGUUGGUGGCCACCCCCAGUGGAAUUACAAAAUGGGAUCAUUACGCAAUACACUAUCCAAUAUACUGCAACUGAAGGGGAGGAUACUACUACUCGUCAAGCCUCCAACAUCCCUCCGGAAAACUCCCAGUACCUUUUGGAAAACUUGGAAAAAUGGACAGAGUACCGUGUGACAGUCAUUGCUCAUACAGAUGUUGGAGCAGGACCAGAAAGUCUACCACAGCUCAUCCGCACAGAGGAGGAUGUUCCUAGUGGGCCACCUCGUAAAGUUGAGGUGGAGGCUGUCAACUCCUCAUCAAUUAAAGUGAUCUGGCGCUCACCGAUGCCCACCAAGCAGCACGGUCAGAUUCGAGGGUACCAGGUGCACUAUGUCAGGAUGGUUAAUGGGGAGCCCACAGGACAGCCAGUCAUCAAGGACAUCCUGAUUGAUGAUGCCCAGUGGGAAUAUGAUGAUUCAACUGAACAUGAAAUGAUCAUCACAGAGCUGCAGGCUGAAACCACUUAUUCAGUCACUGUAGCCGCCUAUACGACAAAGGGCGAUGGUGCACGCAGCAAACCCAAACUGAUCACAACCACUGGCGCAGUUCCUGACAAACCCCGACUAAUGGUCAGCACAACCAACAUGGGCACAGCUCUCCUUCAGUGGCAUCCCCCAGCAUUAACACACGGGCCUCUUCUAGGCUAUCGGCUCCGCUUUGGUCGCAAAGACGUGGAUCCUCUGACUGUCAUUGAGUUCCCUGAACGGGACAACCAUUACACAACCAAAGAGAUUCACAAGGGAGCCUCAUACACCUUCCGCCUUUCUGCGCGCAACAAGGUUGGCUUUGGAGAAGAGACAGUCAAAGAAGUCACCACAAAUGAGGAUGUCCCAAGUGGCUACCCUCAGAGCAUUAUAGCAGAGGGUGCCACCACUUCCACUGUACAGGUUAGCUGGCACUCUGUUUUGCUGGCAGAGCAAAAUGGGAAAAUAGUGAAAUAUGCGCUGCAGUAUAAGGACAUCAACAGCCCACGCAGUCCCUCAGAGCUCUUCAUCACUGCUCCGGAAUCAACAGUCAUCCUGGAUGGCCUUAAGGCAGAUACCACUUAUGAUAUUAAAAUGUGUGCCUUCACCAGCAAGGGCUCUGGUCCCUAUAGCCCAAGUGUCCAAUUCAGGACACAGCCUUUGGAUCAAGCAGUGUUUGCAAAAAAUUUCCAUGUGAAAGCAGCCAUGAAGACAUCAGUGUGGUUGACCUGGGAAAUCCCAGACACCUACAACCCAGCUCAACCGUUCACUAUUCUCUACGAUAAUGGCCAGAGUGUGGAGGUAGAUGGCAAGCUAACUCAAAAGCUAAUCACGGGUCUUCAACCAGAGACACAGUAUUCCUUCCUUCUCACCAACCGCGGCAACAGUGCUGGAGGUCUACAGCACCGUGUAUCCACCAUGACAGCCCCGGACAUCCUUCGCACAAAACCGUACUUGAUUGGCAAGACCAACUCGGAUGGUAUGGUGAUUGUGGAGCUACCAUCAGUGCAAACAUCAGAGAGAAUAAGGGGAUAUUACAUUGUGGUAGUUCCGCUGAAAAAACAGCGCACCGGCAAGUUUUUCAAACCCUGGGACAAUCCCGAUGAGAUGAAUUUGGAGGAGCUUCUGAAGGAGAUAAACCAAACUAGCAGAGGCCUUCGGUUCCGCAGGCAGGCAGAACCCAAAGCCUAUAUCGCUGCCUACUACAAAGUUCUGCCUAAAGAAUUCACUCUUGGAGAUGGCAAAAUGUACGGGGACUUUCCAAACAAGCAACUUCAGAAUGGCCAGGAGUACAUAUUCUUUGUGCUCGCUGUUUUGGAAAUGUCCGAAAAUAUCAUGUAUGCAACCAGCCCCUACUCCGAUCCAGUUGUUUCAGCUGACAUCGACCCCCAGCCAAUCAUUGAUGAGGAGGAAGGCCUCAUCUGGGUGGUGGGCCCUGUGCUAGCAGUUGUCUUUAUCAUAUGCAUUGUCAUUGCCAUCCUUCUCUACAAGAGCAAACCAGACAGAAAAAGAGCAGAAUCUGAAGCUAGAAAGGGCAGUCUCCCCAACAGCAAGGAAAUGCCACUGCAUCAUCCCACUGACCCUGUUGAGCUGCGACGUCUCAACUUCCAAACACCUGGUUUAGGUGCGCACAGGCACUCCAGUAACCUCCAUUUAUCAAGUAUGGCAAGCCACCCUCCAAUUCCGAUCAUGGAAUUGGCAGAUCACCUGGAGCGACUGAAAGCCAACGAUAACCUUAAGUUUUCACAGGAAUAUGAGUCAGUCGAUCCUGGUCAGCAGUUCACAUGGGAGCACUCUAACCUGGAGGUGAACAAACCAAAGAACAGAUAUGCUAACGUGAUCGCGUAUGACCAUUCCAGAGUCUUGCUCUCCGCUAUCGAUGGUAUCCCGGGAAGUGACUAUAUCAAUGCCAACUACAUUGACGGGUACAGAAAACAGAAUGCCUACAUUGCCACCCAAGGAUCUUUGCCGGAGACAUUCGGCGAAUUCUGGAGGAUGAUCUGGGAGCAGAGGAGUGCCAUCAUUGUCAUGAUGACCAAACUGGAGGAGAGGUCCAGGGUGAAAUGUGACCAAUAUUGGCCCAACAGAGCGACAGAAACCUAUGGUCUCAUCCAAGUGACACUUCUGGACACCGUAGAGCUGGCUACAUACUGUGUCAGGACAUUUGCACUUUUUAAAAAUGGCUCCAGUGAGAAGAGAGAGGUGAGGCAGUUCCAGUUUACGGCCUGGCCAGAUCACGGGGUACCAGAGCACCCAACACCGUUCCUGGCCUUCCUGAGACGGGUGAAAGCUUGCAAUCCUCCGGAUGCAGGGCCCAUGGUGGUUCACUGCAGUGCUGGAGUGGGACGCACAGGUUGCUUCAUCGUUAUUGAUGCCAUGAUGGAACGUAUCAAGCACGAGAAGACUGUGGACAUCUAUGGUCAUGUAACACUAAUGCGAGCCCAGCGCAACUACAUGGUGCAAACAGAGGACCAGUAUGUCUUCAUACAUGAUGCUCUCCAGGAGGCCGUCAACUGCGGCACUACCGAAGUGCCCGCUAGAAACUUAUAUGCGUACAUCCAGAAACUGACGCAGAUAGAGGGUGGAGAGAACGUCACUGGCAUGGAACUUGAGUUCAAGCGUUUAGCUAACACUAAAGCCCACACAUCACGAUUCAUCAGUGCCAAUCUCCCCUGCAACAAGUUCAAGAACCGCCUUGUUAACAUCAUGCCAUACGAGUCCACGAGGGUGUGUCUUCAGCCCAUCCGAGGAGUGGAGGGUUCCGAUUACAUCAAUGCCAGUUUCAUCGAUGGGUACAGGCAACAGAAAGCCUAUAUUGCAACGCAAGGACCAUUGGCAGAGACCACAGAGGAUUUCUGGAGAAUGCUCUGGGAGCACAACUCUACGAUUGUCGUCAUGCUCACCAAGCUUAGAGAAAUGGGCAGGGAAAAAUGCCAUCAGUACUGGCCAGCAGAAAGGUCGGCCAGAUACCAGUACUUUGUUGUGGACCCUAUGGCUGAGUAUAACAUGCCUCAGUAUAUCCUGAGAGAGUUCAAAGUGACUGAUGCCAGGGACGGACAGUCACGGACAGUAAGGCAGUUUCAGUUCACGGACUGGCCUGAACAAGGAGUGCCAAAAUCAGGAGAGGGCUUCAUCGAUUUCAUUGGCCAAGUGCAUAAAACAAAAGAGCAGUUUGGUCAGGAUGGGCCUAUUUCAGUCCACUGUAGCGCGGGUGUUGGUAGAACUGGAGUUUUCAUCACCCUCAGCAUUGUUUUGGAACGAAUGAGAUAUGAGGGCGUAGUAGACAUUUUUCAGACGGUGAAAAUGUUGCGGACACAGAGACCAGCUAUGGUGCAGACAGAGGAUCAAUACCAGUUCUGCUACAGAGCCGGCUUGGAGUACCUGGGAAGCUUUGAUCACUAUGCAACGUAAAAGACCCAGUAUUGGAAGAAAAAAAGCAGAGGGCCCCUUGGACAGAAAACCCAGUGAGCCUCUCUUCUGAGCCAUAAAUUCCUGCUUGAGAAAGUACUCCUUAACUCCUUGCUAACAACUCAUUUUGUGUCAGAUGUGUGACAUGAAUUGUCAAAAAAUGAAAAAGAUGAUUCCCGGAGGACCAAGUAUUUCCCAACCCCACAAAAACCUCACCUUGAGACAGAGUGAGGGAAUCCUGACUGCUGAAGCAUCGUAUGGGAUUACCUUUUCUUUUGCUUCAAGGAUUCAUUUUUGGGGCUCAUAUUAACUGAAUGAAACCAACACAACAAAAAAGUAAAUGAACAAUAAUGACAUCGUCAGAAAUGCAUCAGUGAUAAUGAACCAUUACGAGAGGCACUGGAGGCACAGAGAAUUGCGGGAGGGGAAAAAGAACUUGAUGCACAUUGUAAAGAAAAAAACAAAUCUGUUUCACAAUCAAGUACACACAGACAACCCAUCGAAAAAGAAGACAUAACUUGGUCCACAACAGCAGGACAGACUUAAAAGUAAUAAUAACUAAAUACUCCCUUUCCUGUCACAAUGUUCAUCAUCUAAAUUUUGGACGAGGGGAAAGUUAAAAUGCUCUAUGAAAUAAAUAAAAAUUAUUGAUUUAGUUUUUUAGUACUUUAUUAUACAGCUGAUGUGCUUUUUUUGAAAUGUGUGAAUUUCCUUUUUUUACACAAAUUUAUCGCUUGGAAAUAAGUGAUAAAAUGUAUUUACGUAAAUGUUUUGUUUUUUUAAAGCUGUAGAACUGUUCUGACAUAUGUGCUAUUUUGCAGAGAAUCUGUUUUGCUCUUUCGGUUAUUUUAUUUUCUUUCCCCCCUCCACAUUAGCUUGCACUUAGUGCACAUAACAGAAUUCAAACUACCAAAAUGUAACUUUUUUUUGUUUGUUUGUUUUUUUCCGUGCUUCUUUUUCAGUCUUGAUUUUUCUUUUUAGUUUUGUCCAUGAUCACAUACACGGUCAAUUUACUCCCAUUAGACAAACUGGGGCUUCGUGGAAUCAACAGGGACGAGCAAAGUAUGAAGUUGCUGCUACCGAUUAUCUUAGUUCUUCCAUGUGAGAAUGAUAAGAGAGAACCUGAUGAAUUGAAUAAGGUAUAUGAAUCUAUAAAUAUAUGGUACAGAUAAAGUAUAUAUAUAGAUAUAUAUUAUUAAACUAUAAAUAGUAUGUUCUAAAUACAUUGACAGAUAAUUUAUAAGUAAAUUGUAUAUGAAAUAUGGUUGCAAUGAAAGUUUCAAAUUUUAAAAGGUGUGUGCUAUGGGGGAAAUUAAGAGAUUUUUCACUGGAAUGCACAUCAGUUGGACAAAAAUGGUAUUCUGAUUCAGUGCAUCUUUUCUUGUGCAAUAAAUAUGUGUUUUUAGAUAGGGUUUUAUGUGGAUAUGUUCUUCACCAAUGGCAUUGUUGUUCCCCACAAGUGAGGUAUGGGAGUGGGAAUGUCAGGUGUCAGUCAAAGCACCACUGGUGCAAUUUUCAAACUCACAUAGUCUGUAAUUAGAGGCAGAGGUGUCACACAGUCGCAGACACAGCGCUCACACAACACAAUAGGGUACAAAGAGUACAAAGACGUCACUUUCUUGUGGUUCUUUAAAGCAGUCAGUGGUAAUAUAUAUUUUUUUUCUUCAUAAUUUUGCAUUUAGAGUGCCUUAUAUUUAUGCCUGUUUUAUAAUGUUUCAUUUAACAUUUUAAUGUAUCCUUGGACUAAUCUAGGCAUUUAGUGUAAAUGUUACUGUAUAGUUUAUUUACCUUCAGUAUUCAUUUGUCAUUUGAUGAGAUUAUAUAUGCAAAUAAGAACAUUUCAAAGCUCAUACAUUUUAUUUUCAGUGGCCUUAUUGUGGCUAAGUGAAUUACAAUAGGAGUUGAGAUAUCACUGAACCUGACGGGGAAACAGCUAAAAACAAACAACAGCUACAAAUGCAUGUUAUAUAAAAUGAUCAAAUUAUAAAACAUGCAGCUGGAGAUGAGAUAAGAGAGCAUUGGUCUUAGACCAAAGCAGGACAAGGUUAAACUCCAUCAGCACUGGUAUAAAGGCCCAACAUAAAAUAAUUUUUUACCUGAUGUGACUAAGAUCAUACUUGAUCUUACUGGGAAGCAUAUUGGGAUCCUGGAAUGGCUUGUCAAACUGCAGUAAAACAGGUUUAGUCAAGAAAGAAUGCCUCAUGCACAAGUCAAAACUGAAUGGUUUGCUCUUCACGCCUUAGGUUUGAAUUAUGGAGUUCAUGUGCGUCUCUACCAAAAGCAUUUGUCGAGAAAUACAAACUGGUUCCGUUAUCCUGACAAUCUGGUGUGUCGUGUCCUUUUGUUUUGUUUUAGAACAUAACAGUUAAAGACCCAGGUUCAAGUUUGGUUAUGUUUCAGUGUUCAUAUUGACCAGCAUCUCUAGGUUUUCUGUAAACUCUAUGAUGGCUUUGUGGAUGUGCAUUCCAAGUGCUUUCUUUCCCUUGUUAACUCAAGCAGCUAUAGUUUCAUUUUUGUCGACUGCUUAACUGAUAAUUUUCGUCUUGAUUUUGUGACAAAAAGUUAAACGUGAUGUUGGCCAAUGUUACAUUUUGUUCAAAUGUUCAAGUCUCAGAAAAUAUUUGUUUUCUCAUCUCAUUUUUUUCCACUUUUUUUUUUUUUUUUUUAAAUUGAUUUUUCGUAUGCAUGAUGAAACAUUGCAGAAGGGCCAAAGCUGGCCUGGUAGGAAGAUUUGCACUUUCUCUAUCUUUGUACUAUGCACCGCCCUAUUGAUUCUAAACCCAAUAAUAUAUUACUUGAACCCAUCUAUAAAAAGAUCUCCUUAAACGUUCACUUUGUGUGUAUGUAAAUAACACAAAAAAGUAUCAACUCUUGAAAAAGACAAAAAAAAAAAAGUUUGUGGCAAAAAAAGAGCAUCCAUUCUGAUGCCAUGGUUACUCCAGCAGAUGAUUUCAGAAAAAUCUGUCCCUCAACCAUCUGUUCUCGUGGCUUUGCCAUUCAAGCUUGGAGUGUCAUUAACAGAAAUAAACGUUGUGUUCUCUGCUCUCUCUAUCUAUCUCUCGUCUGGAUGCAUAGACUGAAAAAUUAAAUAAUGAAAUUGUAAAAAAAAAAAAAGGCUUGUUAAAAAGAUCAUACAAUUACCUCGGAUUAGUUGUAAGCAUAAAAUGUUUCUUUUUCUGAAUGAAAGGAGUGCUUUUUAUUUUCUUACUUAGGUUACAUUGGUGGAGACAGAAGUGUAUGAAAAUCAGUUCUUUGCUGACACAAGUUCCAUUUGUUAUAAAUGAAUUCUAUUAAAAAAUGUCAGUGUUAUGCA